GUUCGUGUAGUUGUUCCCUAGGCCUAAAAUAGGGCGUCCAAUGUGCGCUGCGCAUUGUGGCGCGUGGGUACCUGUUUUUAUCUCAUCAACCUUAUGGUCUCAAGGCUUCUUUCGAUUAAUGACUGUGAAUGCUAGUUUGUACCGUGAGUUCAACGCCCUGCCCUCACCAUCGCUAAGUCUACGCCCAGUCCCGACUCCCAAUUCCGUUUCCACUUCCCUUGCCCGGUUCCCGAAGGCCCUCGGGUAUGUACAUAUGUACCCCAGAUUGAAUGGCGUGCAGAGUCAGACUCGUCCACGAGUCUCUCGAAGAGGAAUGGCACAGUGCUGGAUGCGGAAAGUGCAUCCUCAUAGCGUGAUAGGACUACCCCGCCAGUGAUCUCCUAUCAUCUCCGCCUCAUGUCAUCAAUCCUUUGAAAACAUCUAGAACCUCGUGUUUCCAUGCAUCCUGAAGCCAUUAUUGGCGUUUGUCAUCAUUCACCAUCAAUCGCGUGGAAGUUCGCAUAUAAGCGCUGCGCCAUUAUGCUGUUGUCUGCGCACCUGCAAGAGACCGCUUUCUGGAGGUGACGUCAAGUAUUGCCAGAUUGCACUAUUGCUGAAUUAUUCCUCGUCACGGGCUCUGUAUCUUGG